UCUGCUGUGUCAUUUUGUGUCUUAUGUUCCUAUUUAGGAGAGAAAAUGGAGGCUAAAAGCAAUAAUGAGUUUCAGAUAGUUUUCUCUGAAGCAACUCAUUCAGAUUCCACCAUUCAGUGUCACCUGUCUCCUGGAAUCAGUGCUGUCAAUAUGGAGAUUAGAUGGUUUAAGGAAACAGACUGUGUGUAUUUCUAUAAGAACAAACGGUUGAUAAAGGGGGAGAGUUAUGAAGGCAUAAAGAGUCUAUGCAUUGAUGAGCUGGAGAGAGGAAUUGUGUCCUUACAGCUGAAGGAUGUCAGAGAAUCAUAUGCUGGUUAUUACCUGUGUCAGGUCACCAGUGGAGACAGGACAGAGGAGAUAACAGUAAGAAAAUCAUUAAAGACCCAUGAAGAUCAGACUGAAAUGCCUCAACAAACAGCCACACUAUGGACUAAACAGCUUUACCUGUCCAGCAUCCUUCUGGCACUGUCUUUGAGGUUUCUUCCUUCAAUUCUGCACAACUUUGACACCUGA